UAAGCGGCAAGUUCAGGUUGCCACUCGCACUGGCGGAGAUUAGCACCAGUUUAAACAUAAAUCCUGCCUAAACCACGGGAUGACAGUUUCGUAGAAAUGACAUGGGUGAAUACCAUGGAGAUGGUGUCCCAUUUAAGUUGGAAACAAGAUAAAAAGAAAAUCCCAAUGAUUCCGUCAAGUAGCUCUAUCGGUGCUGAUCUUCAUUGUUUAGAGCCUGAACGAUCCAUAAAGAGCCAUCCCAAUGACAACACUAAAAGACGCACUCUAUUCCUGAAGAAAAUAAAUAACUCAUGGGGCUUUACUUUGCAGACCUAUGGCAUUAAACACAAGAAAACGAACGAGAUUGAAAUAAUGACUUAUGUUGACUACAUUGAGAUUACUGGGCCAGCAUACAUGGCUGGAAUGAGGAAAGGUGAUGUAAUACUCUCAGUAAAUGGUGAAUCGGUGGACAGAAAUUCUCAUAAAGAAUUAGUAAGAGUGAUAAGAGGUUGUGGUGACUCAAUGAGGAUGGUUGUUAUGUUUGAAGAUUGUUGUAAGAAGGUAGAACUUCAUGACAGAAUAUUUAGAUUAAAGGAAAUUCUAGCUCACAAGAAAUUGGCAUUAAAAGAACUUGAACAACAAGAAAGAGAAAUCAUAGACGAUUAUUGUCAGUCAAAGGGUAUAACAAGAUUUCAAAGAAUUAGACAGAGCAUGAUUAGCACAGUAUCAACCAAUAGCUGGGAUCGUUACAGUCUUAUCCAAUCACCACAAAUGUUAGAAACAUUCCCAGUACCACAUGUACCUUCAACAUCGAAGAGUUUAUUUGAGGGUGACUACUCUUCCUCUAUAGGUGAAGAUUUGGAUGACAGUUAUAUUUCUUAUGUGGAUUCAGAUGCUGAUAGCGGAAUGUGUAUUUGUUGUCCAAACACAGAUGAACAUAUUGCUUUGAAAAAUUUAAAGGAUUCAGAAUCUAAUAAGAGUUUGAAAAUGGCUGGCACUGGCAAAUCAAAAAAGUUGAAUUCUGGGGAAAAUGAAGAUGUUGUUUAUUUACGUAGUAAUAGCAUUCCAUUUGUGUAUUCUGAUUAUGUAUAUAUUAAUGAAGAAGACGAGUCUACCGAAUUAUGA